AUGCAGGAGACACUGUUCUGCCUCAGAGUUGGACACCUUCUCCCCUACUCCAUGUCAGAUUCCAACACAACUGACUUCACCAACCCCUCCACCUUCAUCCUGCUGGGCAUUCCUGGACUGGAGGCGGCCCAUGUCUGGAUCUCCAUCCCCUUCUACUCCAUGUAUGUCACAGCCCUCUUGGGGAACAUAACCAUCCUGUUCGUCGUGAAGAGGGAGCCGAACCUCCAUGGGCCCAUGUUCUAUUUCCUCUGCAUGCUGGCCGUCACUGACCUGGUCCUGACUACGUCCAUCCUUCCCAAAUCACUGAGCAUCCUCUGGUUCAAUUCCAGGGAGAUAGAUUUUAAUGCCUGCCUCACACAGAUGUACUUCAUUCACUGCUUCUUAGCAACGGAGUCAGGGAUCUUUGUGGCCAUGGCUUUUGAUCGCUACGUGGCCAUCUGCGAUCCCCUGAGACAUUCCACCACCCUGACAAACCCAGUGGUGGCCAAGAUUGGCCUGGCUGUGGUUCUGCGCGGCAGCAUACUCGCAUUGCCCUAUCCAUUCCUGGCAAGGCAGUGGCCAUAUUGCAGAACCAACAUCAUCUCCCACUCGUACUGCGAGCACAUGGCCGUGGUGAAGCUGGCCUGCGCUGACACCCAUGUCAGUAGUUACUACGGCCUCUUUGUGCUAUUCUGUGUGAAGGGUCUGGAUGUGUUUUUUAUCGCCAUUUCCUAUAUUGAGAUCCUAAGGGCCAUCUUCAGCCUCACCACAAAGGAUGCCCGGCUCAAGACUUUUGGGACCUGCGGUUCCCACGUCUGUGCCAUCUUAGCCUUUUACAUACCAGGUCUCUUCUCCUCCCUCAUGCACCGGUUUGGUAGCAAUGUGGCCUUGCAUUUCCACAUUCUCAUUGCCAACAUGUACCUCCUUCUGCCCCCCAUGCUAAACCCCAUCAUCUAUGGGGUGAGGACCAAACAGAUCUGGGACAGGCUGCUCCACCUCAUUACUAAUAAAGGUACCUAA